AUGUCAGGGAAAGUUAUUGUGGUGUUUGCACUGUUGGUUGCACUGCUAGUAUCCUCUGCAGCUGGAGAGGCGGAAGAGACUCGUCUACUACAGCAGCUUCUAGCCAAGAGGGAGAAAGUGAGAGGCUCAGCUGACAGACAGAAGCCGGCGCCUCAGGCUUCCCCUGCACGGAUGGAGAGACGGGCACACCUGUCGGAGGAUGAACGGGAGAUUAUGACAAAGCAAAUAAUGCAAGCAAUUUCAGAGAUGAUGAACUCUGAGUGCAUGUCGGAUCGGGACUACCAGGGCUGGGUGGACUUCGGACGCCGGGACGCAGAAUGA